AUGAACGUUCGGUCUACCUAUCUUAUAAACCAAGAUUCCGGAACCGCCCUACGCCAUCUUCCCUUCCUAUCCUCCGAGGCCACCAGUCCCGCCGCCACCGCCCACCUCAUCGUCCGACAAAACUUGUCCUAUGAUGCCAUACAAGACGAGGUUAGGACAGUCAUCCGCGGUCAUCUCCAAGGCGACAAGCUCAACCAGGCCGUCUUCGGAGGCUACGAGCGCAUAAGUAGCAACUCGAUCAAGUGCGUAUGGGACAAGGUGACCCGAGCUAUCGAGACCCCACCCAAGCACGCCGAAUUUAACGUGGAUUUGAGGAUAUGUGUCACGUACUAUUACGUGCAUAUGGUUGGGAGUAGACAGUAUCAUGGCUUGAGGGUUUACGUUGAGGAGGAGAGAAAGAGGGGCUGUUGUUGCUGCAUAUGCUUAGAGAAGAUCAAGACCGAUGAUGUGGCGUUGCUGAUGCAGUGUAAGCAUUUGUUUCACCCCAAGUGCAUCGUGCUUUGGAUGCGGAAGAGUCAAUCUUGUCCCCUUUGCCGCUACCAGAUGGCAUCCACACAAAGGAUUGAUUGGAAAAAGAAGUAA